AUGUCUGCAUCUAGAGACGCCUUUUCGCCGGCUGCGUCGUGGCAGACGGAAACGGAUGAUGACGAGAUGGACUUUGAGCUCGCCAGCGACGAAGUGACACCCUCCGUAGACGACGCCGAAGAAGAGGACGAAGGCGAGGGGACGACGCUUUACUACGAUGCGGAAGAAGGAACGUUAAGAGAUGCAGAUGGCGAUGAGGUCAGAUUCGAGGUCGGCGACUCAGAAGAGCCGGAAGAUCAAGACGAGAACGAGGAGGAAGACGAGGAGGGAGAAGGCGGUCGAACACCCCAGCAAGACCAACCCCAAGCCACAGCACAAACAAUCACAAUAACCCAGCAGCAGCUAAUGCAAUUCCUCUCACAUCCGGGCCUGCGAGGCAUGUUCGCGAACAGUGGCAUUGCGACGCGAUCGCAGGUGCGGAGGGCACAUGUGCAGCUUGACGAGGGGGAACAGGAUGAUGACGAGCAGGAGUACCUGGGCUAUGGUGUGAGACGAAACGCGCGGAGGCGACGAGCACCUGUUGGAGACCGAUACCCACCCAUUCCGAAUCCGGAGGGGAAGAAGUUGAUGGAUAGUGGGCAGUUUGGCUCGAAUGAUCGGUGCGAACAUACUACGUGUGGUGCACCUCUCUCGAACGAUACCCUCAGAAAGCGUAAGAAGCUGGCCAGGAGGAUGUUUGACCGGGAGAUGGGUGUGGAGAACCGUGGUCGCGCUCGUGCGCUUGGUGGACUUGCAUCGCAGGAGCUGAUACCCGGAAGUAAGGCGGACCUCAUCAUCAACCUCAACGCACGAUGUUAUUCUGGACAGUUCUCGGAGGAUGGCAGCUUCUUCUUCGCCUGUGGUCAGGACUUCAAGGUGCGCAUGUACGAUACGAGCAAUCCUUACGACUGGAAGUACUACAAGACGGUACAUUACUAUGGUGGACAGUGGACGAUCACAGAUGCAUCUCUAUCACCGGACAACAAGCUACUGGCGUACAGCAGUAUUCGGAGUCAAGUGUGUCUGGCGCGAACAGAGCAGGGCGAUAUGUCAGAUCCGCAGCACCUGGACUUCAGCGACAUGGGUCGCGGCGGGCAUGGAGGCGGUGGCGGUGGUGGGUGGGGACGAAGUCGAGGGCACUUUGGCAUCUGGUCGCUUCGCUUCUCUGGUGAUGGCCAGGAGAUCGUGGCUGGUACCUCAGAUCAGUCGGUCUAUGUGUACGACAUUGAGACGAAGAGGAGCAUCCUGCGCAUUCCUGGGCACACCGAUGAUGUGAAUGCUGUGUGCUUCGGUGAUAAAAUGUCACCGCACAUUCUCUACUCCGGCUCUGACGACACCACACUCAAGGUCUGGGAUCGACGAUCACUGGCCAGCAUGAGACCGGCUGGUAUGUUCUUGGGACACACCGAAGGUCUGACCUACAUCGACAGCAAAGGUGACGGACGCUACGUGAUCUCAAAUGCCAAGGACCAAACCUGUAAACUCUGGGACCUCCGAAAGAUGAUCUCCACCGACGACGGCGAACGCAUCAAUCCACAAGACUACACCACAAAUUUCGACUACCGCUUCUCACCCUACGACACCGACGACCACACCCCUCACCCGAAAGACUGCUCUCUCGUUACCUUCCGCGGCCAUCGCGUCCUCAAAACUCUUAUCCGCUGCCACUUCUCCCCACCCGGCUCCACCGACGGCCGCUACAUCUACUCCGGCUCCCACGAUGGCAAAAUCUACGUCUGGAACCUCGACGGCACCCAAGCCGGGGCGCCCAUCAACGUCCUCGCCGCCACAAAGAACUCCCGCCCCGUCGAUGACGAACAAUACGUCGACCGCUACGACUACUACGGCCGCGGCGGAGUCUGGAAGACAAUCGUCCGCGACUGCUCAUGGCACCCCUCCGCCCCUGUCAUCGCCGCCACAUCCUGGAAUGGCUGGGACCAUGGUCUAGGCACCUGCACAGUCCACAGCUGGAACGACGGAAUGGAAACGGACGAAGUCGGCGAGCCUGACGAGGCAGAAUGCAAAUCUGGCGCUGCGUACGCCAAGGCUUCGAGCCUGGGGGCUAGUCCGAUGGGGGCCCGCGUUACGGCGCACUUGCAGCAUGAUCAGAGGUAUUAUGGGCAGCCUAGCAAUAAUGCGAAUCAGACGAGUCGGAGGACGAGGUUGAGGGAUAGGAUUGGGUUGGGGGCGCUGUGGGGUGGGGAUGAGGAUUGA